AUGGCUCUAUCGUUAGACGCUCAGCAUAAGGUUCAUGUAGCAGGAUCAGCUUGUUCAAAGCGGAACUCGGCCUAUGAAGCGGUGAACUAUAAUGGCCAUGCAAAUCUUGACACUAUCAUGAAUCACAAGGAUCAUCGCUGGAGACGGCAGAUUUGGGACAAAGCUUUUAGUACGAAAUCUCUAGAGGCAUACGAGCUUUACGCUCGCGAAGUAGUAUACGAAUGGUUAGAGAAAUUGGAAUCUCUUCAGGGCCAACCCAUCAAUACCUCACUAUAUUCCGCUCUAAUACCGUUUGAUAACAUGGGUCGGAUGGGAUUUUCUGUCAAUUUUGGAUCAAUCAAAGCUGGAAAAGAAAAUCCCAUGCUGCAUUACCUUGAAGUAACUCUUGGUACUCUUGCCAAGCUUGGUAUGAUAUGGUGGCCAAUUGCUUUGUUGCAAGCCUUUGGCAGCAGCAACGAUCAUAUAAACUUCCAAAAGUUGGCUUGCCAGAUGGUGGACAAACGAAGAGAGGUAGCAACUGACGAACAUGAGGAUAUUAUGAAAUAUUUCCUCCAAGACUAUAACUCCAAGGAACCCAAAGCUAUGCACCAUAUGGACGUCAUAUACUCGGACGCCCAAGCUGUUAUGACUGGUGGAACUGAUACCAUUGCAGCCGUAUUGUCAUUCGCAUUUUACUAUAUGGCACGAGACUCCACCGUUCGAGAUAAGCUACGUUCAGAACUAGAGCCACUCUUUGGUCGCACAGUAUCUGGUGAAUUUACCAACCUUGACUUGGGCGAGGCUGAGGCGCCAUACCUGAACGCCGUGAUUAACGAGACAAUGAGAGUGGAUAACCCAACUUGCGCUAAUGGACCUCGAAUGACACCGCCCGAGGGAUUGGAGAUUGAUGGUGUUUUCAUUCCUGGCGAAACACUACUAUUUGUGCCCAUAUAUUCUAUGCAUACAAGCGCAAAAUACUUUAAACAGCCAAAUAGCUUUAUCCCGGAAAGGUGGACAACGCGGCCUGAUCUGGUAAUUGACAAGCGGGCAUACCACCCCUUCCUUCUCGGCCCAUACAGCUGUGUAGGGAGGAGACUGGCUAUUAUCGUACUGAGAUUCACAAUAGCGUACACGGUCUGGAAUUACGACUUCAAGUUUGCUCCUGGCGAAGAUGGGACCUCAAUCCACCGAGAUAUGAUUAACCAGGCAAUUUUGAAAGCAGGCCCUCUGCAAUGUGUAUUCAACAAGAGAGCUUGA